AUGUUACCUCUGGAUGCUCCUACAGAUUUCUCUCAGCAAGUGAUGAUGCCGGUGUAUGAUGUUCAUGAUUUGGCUGAUAGUAGUGAAGUGUUAGUCGAUGAAAAAACUGGGGAGGAGUUAUCGACAGUACCUGUUGUGAAGCAUCCUAUUGUAAGAGUACGGAAAGCUACUCCGGGGAACACCCAACUACAGAUUAAUGUAAUUAUUCGGCGAGAAAAUAACCCGUCUAUGAAGAAGGAGGUUCGAACAGUUCUGUCGAACUGGGCUGGAAGAGAUGUAUGCUUAUCAUCAUCAAACAACUACUACAAAAGGAGUGCCCCUUCUACAAGCAACAAGGAUGAUCGAAGGGGUUGGCUGAGAUCAAUUGAUGAUGACGAUAUAGAGGAGAAAUGGGAGUCAGCCAAUUUAGCUCAAAGAUAUGAAAAUGAUCUGUCCUCUUCCGCAACAAAGUCAGAAGUUGAGAAGGAUUCGAACACCACAACAGAUAUUGUCAAGAUAGUUCUGCCAGUUCAUGUGGAAAAGCCUUCAGCAAACGGCAAGUGUAGGGUUUUACCGUCAUCCAUGACUGCGAUUGGGAAAUUUCCGUGUCCACAUGAGGGAUGCUCUUCUAUUUUGUCUUCGGCUACUGCCUUACGUAAACACCGCUUAAUUCAUCAACCGAAGCGAUUCUCAUGUUCAAAAUGUGAGAAAGAAUUUGUCGAACGAACUAAAUUGAAAAGACAUAUGCUUGUACACACUCGUGUUCAGUCCUUCGCGUGUACUCAUACUGGAUGCACAAAGCAGUUUGCAUUGAAAAGUAAUCUUAAAGCUCAUAUGAAGAUACACACAGGUGAAAAACAGUACAAAUGCGUGCAUUGUUCUCAUGCAUUCUCCCAUCCAUAUAACUUGAAGGUUCACGUGCUUCGUCGACAUCCUACAACAAGCAACCCUGUUCCAUAG